UUUGAAAUCCACAUUCGUACUUCUAGUAAUGAAAGUUUAAUAUCAAUUAACAUUAUUCAAUCAUUCUAUAAUAUUUUUAAUGUUACAAAGUAAUGAUUAUUAUAAGCAGUAGUAAUUAAAUUAACUCCGACUAAACAUGAUGGAGUCAGAAAGUUCUGAACAGCAAGACGAUGACAUGUUUGAAGAUGCUCGUGAAAAUGUUUCCGAUUCUUAUGAGUCGACAUCAAUUUCAUCCCGUCCAAUGGAUCUCAACCAAGCUCUGCUUGAAUCAAAAGUGGCGAUUGAUUAUUUUUUCAACAAUAAAUUUGAAGAAGCUCGUCAAUUGAUGAGAACUAAUUCGGACAGCUCAAUUUAUCAUGCUGUGGGUCACAGCGUAUUUCUAUUUCUAGAAGCUAUUUUAACAUUUGAACAACAGCAUAUAGAAUCAGCUGUAGUUGCAAUCAAACAAUCUAUUGAAAUUUGUAACAAAUACCGCAGGAAAACUACAAUGUCAGAAUAUAUUGGAAAGCCUUUCAGAAAAGCUAAAUUCGAAUCAUUUACUGAAAUUGAAGCUCAUGCCGAACUAUGCUCAGCCGAAGCUUUACUUUUAAAAGCUCUUUUAACUUUCAUUGAAGAUGAAAGCUUUUCGAGCAUGAUCAAAGGCGGGAUAAAGAUUAAAGCUUGUUUCAACAGUUACAAUAAUCAAGAAGGCGAUCUGGUAUUGUGUGAGCAGAUGUUAAAGGAACAACUAGAUCUUUUUCCUAACGGUGUCUGGUUUCUUUUCUUUAAAGGACGCCUUGAAUUUAUGAAAGGAAAUUUAGAUGAAGCCUUGUUGUGGUAUAAUAGAUCAUUGAAUUCCCAAAAUACUUGGAUCCAAUUCCAUCAUAUUUGUUUUUGGGAAAUGCUAUGGGUGCACACCUUGAAAUUGAAUUGGAGAAAAGCAAGUUUCUUUGCAAACUCUCUUGUUAAGUGCAGCAAAUGGUCAAGAACAAUGUACUCAUACCAGGAAGCGAGCUUAUUGUGUAUGAUUGAUGAAAAGGAAUUAACCGCUAUGGAAAAAACAGCAAUUGAAAAGUUAUUACACGAAGUUCCAAAACAUAAGCAACGAAUUGCUGGAAAAUCUUUACCAAUGGAAAAAUUCGCCUGCAAACGUGCAGAGCGAUAUUUUUUAACUGGAAGAUUAAUUAUACCAGCUAUUGAAUUAAUGUUUCUAUGGAAUUUUUUCAAAAUAUGCGGCAAACAUUUUCAUGUUGCAGAUGGAAUAUUGAAGAUCAUUGAAAAAACUUUGAAAAGCAUUGAACAACGUGCAGAUGAUUACGUAACUGACAACACAGCUUUACUGUUACUUCUUAAGGGAUCUUGUUUACGACAUAUGAACAACCCACUUCAAGCUUUAAACCUUGUUUUAUUUGAUUUGGUGACAAAUUUCACGAAAAUGAUAAGACUGCUUUUAGUCGCAGCUGUGCUGACAACAGCGUCAUGUCAAUUUCAACCAAUUGUAACCACAUCGAGUGGUCAACUGAGAGGUUCGAGAGUGUUUAUAGGUCUUUUCGACUCCUACUUCUCUUUCAAAGGCAUUCCAUAUGCUCAACCACCUGUUGGCGAGUUAAGAUUCAGAAAUCCGGUACCAGUUGUACCAUGGACUGGUGUAAGAGAUGCUUCAAAUCAUGGAGAUUUCUGUCCAAAUGGUGAAGUCUUUGGCAACUCAAUAGGACAUGAAGAUUGCUUAUUUUUGAAUGUCUACACUCCAAAUUUGAACGGAAAUUUACCAGUGAUGAUGUGGAUUCAUGGCGGAGCUUUUAUUAUCGGAGAUGGCAAUACAUUGGUUUAUGGACCUGAUUUAUUAGUUGAGGAAGAUGUUAUCGUCGUCACAUUGAAUUACCGACUAGCGGCGUUAGGAUUUUUGAACACUGGAGAUAAAAAUGCACAAGGAAAUUAUGGAUUAAAAGAUAUCGUACUUGCAAUUAAGUGGGUGAGAGAUAACAUCGGAGCCUUUGGCGGUGAUCCCGAACAAAUAACGUUGUUUGGACAAAGUGCUGGAUCUGUCUCUAUAAAUAUGUUAUUGUUAUCUGAAAUGUCACGAGGACUAUUUAAACAAGGAAUAAUGCAAAGUGGAACAGCCUUAGCUCCAUUCACACUACGAAAUAAUGGAGUUGAUUUAGCUGAACAAAUUGGAAAUAAAUUAGGUCUCACAUUCGAUUCGACCGAAAGUUUAAUGACCCAACUGAGACAAGUUCCAUAUCAAGACAUUCUUUCUGCAUCACGUAAUAUUGUGGGAAUGGAUAAACCUCUUGGAUUGCGUCCAUUUGAUUUUGUUCCGUGUGUAGAACCAGAAGAUUCUUUGGAAGAAAGAUUUCUUACUGAUGAUCCCAUCAAUAUUUUAAUUAGUCAAAAUUAUGAGACUGUGCCACUUAUGAUCGGAACAACAAGUAACGAAGGAUUGUUGCAGGUUCGAGAAUCUCUCAUUGAUUCAGAUGUGUUUCAAAGAUACAAUGAAAAUCCCGAUUUCUUCGUUCCUUUGUCAUACAAAUUAGACAAAGAUUCACCUGAAACUAUUGAAGUUGCCGAUGAAUUUAAAAAUAUUUAUUUCAACAAUGAACCGUUGUCAAACAGCAACCUUGUGGGGUGGGCAAAAUUCCAUACCGAUGCACAAUUUAAAUUCCCGACAGAUCGGACACUGCAAUAUUUUAUGCAAACUUCCACUCAUCCAAUCUAUUAUUACGAAUUCAGUUACUCGGGAACGUUGAACUUUUUAAAGCAAUUGUUGUUUUUGUUUGAUUAUGAUGGAGCAUGUCAUGCUGAUGACAUGUUUUAUCUCUUCAAACCGAGUUUUCCUAUUCCAAUGUUUCCUUGGGAUCAAGCGAUACAAGUUCGAAGACGUCAAGUAAGAUUAUGGGCUAAUUUUGCGAAGUUUGGAAAUCCAACACCAACUACGGAUAAUCUUGUGAAUACUAUUUGGCCAGUUUAUGAUGAAGCAAGUAAAGCGUAUUUAGAAAUGGGCAAGGACUUGUCAAUUAAAUAUGAUCAGCCAAGAUUGAAGCCAUGGCAUGACUAUCAAAUGAGAUUCACUGGUCAUAUCUAAUGAUUUUCAAUCAUCAGAUUGAAAAGUUUUACGAAACUUUCUUAGCCAAUGAUAUUUUAAUGGCGAUCGUUAUCGACUAUCUAACAUUUUUAUUAUUUUUUUGUUGUACAAUUUUUAAUUACUGCAUUUAAGCAAUUUACUCAAUUAUUAUUCUGAAAUUAUUUGAAAAUCUCAAAAACCUUUUUUAAGAUUUAAUUCUAAAUUUUUGUAUCUAUUUAAAUUCAAUUUCAAAGCCCUGGCAAAACUUAAAAAAUUUGUCAUAAUUUUAUGAAAAUAAAGCUUCAUUAGAUAUUUGAAA